CUUGCUGCAAGACAAACUUCAACUUUACAAGGCGUUAUCCUAAAGCGCGGCAGCACCGUGCUAUAGAUGCCAAUUCUACCGUCCCAAUUGCAUUCUCUAGAGCCAUAAAACGGAGAAACACCAAGCAAAAUGGCACAACCACGCUGUCUCGCCAGCUCCUCACCCGCACGAGCUCUACACAGAGUUCUCGUCUCGGACCUCCUCAGCCGUAGCAGGACAACCUCCCUCGCACCGCGCACAACAUCUUCCUACCUCCUUCCGCCACGGCUCUUCUCCUCUAGUCACUUGAUUACAAAACCCAACGCCACAGCCCUACCACUACCACCACCCAUACCGCGACACACCCGCACGCUCUCCACAACCUCUGUCCUCCGCCGCAUCGACCUAUCCCAAAAACGACCGACCAACGGCAAGAUCCCAUACGACUACGUGCGCGUAGUCGGGCCAGCCCCCGACAACGCGCUCUCGCCCGCCAAACCCAUCGACUCGGUCCUAGCCUCCCUCAACCCCAAAACCCACACCCUAGUCAUGGUCGCGCCGCCCUCCUCCUCCGCCGACCCCCACGCGCCCGAAGCCAACGCCGCCAUAUGCCGCAUCGUCGACAACGCCGCCUCCAAAGCCGCCGCCCAGGAAGCCGAGCAGCGCGCCCGCCGCAAAGCCGUCGACACGAAGGAGCUCGAGAUCUCCUGGGGCAUAUCAGCGCACGACAUGGGCCACAAGCUGCGGCGCCUGCGGCAGUUUCUCGACCUGGGAUUGAAUGUAGAAGUCAUACUGGCGAAAAAGCGGCAUGCGAAACCUGUUCCGACGGAGACCGCCGAGGCGGUUCUGGAAGCGGUUAGGGGCGCGCUGACGUUGGUUGACGGGGCGAAGGAGGUGAGGAAGAUGGAUGGGAAUGUGGGGGGUGUGGUGAGGUUGUAUUUUGAGGGGCCGAGUGAGAAGAAGAGGCGGAAGAAGAAGGAUUUAGAGCAGCAGGAGAAGGAGGAGAGUGGAUAGGAGAAGUGAACGGGAGUUGUAUUAGCUUGACGGGAGUUCUGGUUGCUACAACUAGUGGUGUAUUAUAUACGAAGGGUGAACUUCAUAAAUAUGGCUUGGCUAGAGUCGGCGCGGAAUACGCUGCUUAGGUAGCUUGGCGAAGAUACCUGCGAAGCAUCUAACGUGCUGAUAGAAAUAUGAAUCUAAGAGCGGUUCAUAUAGCUAGACAGAUGUACGUCAUUAUAAGAGAAAAUACGGCUUAAAAGGGGUCGUGUAUAGUAGAAUUAACCACCAUAUUCUGCAGUCACAAGUACUGAUAUUGGGA